UUUACAUUGUAUCGGACAUGUCUUUGAGAUAACUUGUUCAUGUGCUUUCUUUAUUAAAUUCAUUUUUCAUUCCAUAAACCUUCCCAACAACUAAAUAUUUGUAAAUAAAAUGCAAAAUGUUCAAUAUUUUUAUUGAUAAAAAUUCGAUCGUGGCAACAUUGCAAACGUGUUUUAUUGGCCUCCCAGUUGAACAGGGGACAGCUAUUUAAAAACGCAGCUUAUUAAAAAAAUCGAUUUAGCUGAAUUUCUGUCGAGAUUCAUUCGCGAAAGAAGAAAACACACUCCAAGAACACCUAAAGUAACCCACAGUAUAACAAAAAUAUUAACUCACAAAAUCAAUAUAUUGCGGCUAAAGUACGAUUUUGGGAUUAGCUAAAAUAAAACUAAAAUAUUUGUUACUCGUUAUUAAUUAGCAAUAAGCAGAUAUUUUAAACAAAAUUUUACAUCUCCCAUUGUAUAAAGGCAUAAGGUGGAGUUUGAAAUUUUCAACAUUGGCCAUUCUGCGUAUUGACCCGUUGAUGUGAUUCGACGCAGGCGCACUGAAUAAUAAACAGAAAUGGCUUCUGCGAUGCAAAUAACAAUUUUCCCGCUAAACGGCGUUGAGUCUUUGGGCGACGGUUUCCAAAAAUUUCUACACAAUGGACAAGCUGGACCGGUUUAUAAGGCUGGGAACGGCCGGCGAAGGCACCUACGGUGUCGUUUACAAGGCAAGAAACAAACUAACUGGCAAAAAAGUCGCGCUGAAACGAAUCAAAUUGGAGAAAUUCUAUCAAAGUGGUGACUCAGAAGGCGUUCCUUCCACAGCGAUUCGUGAAAUAUGUCUUUUAAAAGGUCUAAGACACUCAUCAAUAGUGGAACUUUUGGACGUCAUGUACACAACAGACAAACUAAUGCUUGUCUUUGAAUAUUUAGAUCUGGAUUUGAAACGAUAUCUUGAUUACACAAAAAAGCCAGUUGAAAAAGAACUAGCACGAAGUUAUAUGAAACAACUAAUGGAAGCAAUGGCAUAUUUACACUCUCACAGAAUUUUACAUAGAGAUUUGAAGCCGCAAAAUUUACUGGUGGACAAAGAGGGCCAUGUAAAACUUGCUGAUUUUGGUUUGUCCAGGUCAUUUUCACUCCCCACCCGAACUUACACACAUGAGGUGGUGACCAUGUGGUACAGGGCGCCCGAACUUCUUCUGGGUACGAAAAUGUACUGCACUGGAAUUGAUAUUUGGAGCCUUGGUUGUAUAAUGGCAGAAAUUUUGAAUAAGAAAGCAUUGUUCCCUGGGGACUCUGAAAUUGAUCAACUUUACAAAAUUUUUAAAAUAAUGGGUACACCUACUGAAGAGAUGUGGCCGGGAGUUUCUUUGUUUCCUGAUUUCAAACCGUCAUUUCCGACGUGGUAUCCACAGAAUUUUCGCGACUGCGUUAACUUUCAUGAUGAUGAAGAACAGGAAUUUUUAGAGAUGAUGCUCAAUUAUGAUCCAACUAAAAGGAAGACUGCAAAGGAAUUAUUGAAGACUAACUAUAUUAAAAAGGCAAAACUAACGGCUCCCGAGAUGGAAGCUUUUCCCGUAGAGAAAAACGAUGAAGAAUCUUCAGAAUAAAUUUUAGCUAAUUUAAUAAUUUUAUAGCAAAUUUUAAAAUGACCAUUGUUAAUAUUUUAUAAUAAAUUUUAUAUUCUGA